AUGAAUGAGAAAGGAGAGGGAGGUAUUGUCCCCGGCUGCGGCUGCUCGAAACAGCUGGUGGACGAGAUUGUGUAUGAGCUGAACCUUCGUAAAGAUGGCCGUGGGAAGAUCGCCCAAAUGCGACAACAGAAAUAUAUGCUGGACAGGAUCAGCAAGCUGGCAGUCCAAUUGCCGCUGUUGCUGAAGAAGAUUGGGGCCCAAUAUCCCCCGUCUGAUGCGACGUUGCAACGCCUCUUCGGAGAGCAUGUUCCUUUGAUGCGGUCACUGGCAGAGGUGGCAAAGCUAGAGCAGCUUCCAGAGUUCGGAUCCAACCAGUACGAAGAUGUGACGUGCUGCUUGGAGUCCCUCUGCUGCGUGAGGAAGGUGCUGGAGCUGGCACCGGACGAGGGGAUUCUCACCACCAAGCAGUUCAUCACUGGAAGCGUUGUGACGAGCAGGGUGCCUUAUGCAAAUAUCGCCUCCGUGGACGUGGUCCGUUCCUGCGGAUGCCUGGCGCUGCUGCAGGCGGGGGAGCUCACGAAGCCCCCGGGCCAGCCGCACAAACCGCUGCAGCCAGGCUGCGGCUGCAGCGGGGCCCUGGUGGACAUGAUCCGAGGGGACCUGCAAGCACGGGUGGACGUGCGUGGCAACUUGGGCCAGAUCCGACAAUUGGAGAAGAUGAUGGGCAAGUUCGACGACUUUGCUGCGGAGGUGCCUUUGAUGCUGGACAAAUUGGGUGCGGACGCCGCCUUCCCCCCGAGCCAGCAAACCAUGCAGCGGGUCUAUGGCUCCCAGAGCCUGCCCCAAGCAGCCUUCGCCACACCACACGAGGUGCCGAGCCAGAACUUCGCAUCCCUGGACUUCAACGUGCGGAACGAGUUUCUGAACUGCUGCUGCCUCGCGGUCACCUGCGGUCUGGCGGGCUGCACCUCGCACACGGCCACCCUGGAAGCCGAGCAGAUGACCACCAGGGUCAGCAACAACUGCACCACCUCCAUCGACCGUCAGCCCUAUGCUCAGCUUAGGGCAGUGGACGAGGAGUUGUGCUGCUUUUGCUGCCACAGUGUCAACGGCAUGAUCCCCGGCUGGUGCGGAGAUGUGCCCAAGCUGCACGCCAUCGCGGGCGAGCUGCAGGCGCGCAAGGUGGGCCGCGGCAACAUCGCCCAGCUGAGGAACCAGGAGAGAACACCAUGA